AAGCACUGCCGUUCGAGAAAUUGUAGAAUAGUCUCAUCGAACCCCCGAGUGACAUGACGAUAUUACUGCUCUCAAUUUCUGGCUCGAUGCAAGGAAACUCAUUUUCAUCCAAUUUCUAACAAAAAAAAUCAUCCUUCGUAUAAUUGAUCAGAUCUAAGCCAAAAAGCAGCGAAGAAGUUGCGCCAAAAAUGUCAAGCGAUAGCGAUGACGAAGACUAGCUCCUUCAAAGAGCAUUGAAGGAGCAAUCCCAACGGGAUCUGAAUUACGAGAAACCGUCUUCCUCCAAUUCUCGUAAACCGGUGGUGAACUUCGUUCAACCGGCGAAACAGGCACAGAAAAAGCCGACGGGUAGGAAGAUGUCAAUGGAUGAAGACGAGGAUUCGGAAGUGGAAAUUCUGAGCAUUUCGAGUGGAGAUGAGGAUGAAGGGAGAGAUCCGAAGGGAGGAGUCGGAGGGAGACCUGGAGGGAGGCCGAUGAAAGACGACGAUGGAGUGUGGGAUGGAGAAGAGCCUGAUACAUGGAAACGUGUCGAUGAAGAUGAGCUUGCUUGUAGGGUUCGCGAGAUGAGAGAGUCGAGAAGAGCUCCGGUGGCACAGAAGUUCGAGCGCAAAGCAACCGCACCAGCGGGGAGAGUGCUUAACACUCUGCAAUCGUUACCUCGUGGCAUGGAAUUUGUUGAUCCACUUGGAAUAGGGAUAGUAGACAACAAGACCUUAAGGUUGAUCACUGAAUCAUCUGAAAGCACUUAUUAUGAUAAAGAGAAAGAUCAUAUCGAUAGUAACCUCCGUGAGAAGUUGAUGUAUUGCUCUGAAAAAUUUGAUGCAAAAUUGUUUCUAUCCCGAAUACACCAACAUACACAUGCAGCAGACUUGGAGGCUGGAGCUCUUGCUCUAAAAACAGAUCUCCAAGGGCGGACUCAACAGAGGAAACAAUUGGUUAAAGAUAAUUUUGACUGCUUUGUUUCAUGCAAAACCACAAUUGAUGAUAUCGAGUCAAAACUGAAGCAAAUUGAGGAAGACUCCGAAGGUUCAGGGACAACUCACUUGCAUAACUGUAUGCAAGGAGUAUGUUCACGGGCAGAACACGCCUUUGAGCCUCUAUUUGAGAGACAGGCUCAAGCUGAGAAGAUCAGGUCUGUCCAAGGAACACUUCAGAGGUUCAGGACACUCUUUAAUUUACCUAGUACAAUUCGUGGGAGCAUUAGUAAGGGUGAAUAUGAUUUGGCUGUAAGGGAAUACAAGAAGGCAAAAUCAAUCGCUCUCCCCUCGCACGUAAAUAUACUGAAAAGAGUUCUUGAAGAAGUUGAAAGAGUGAGGCAAGAAUUCAAAGGCACGCUUUACAAGUCCAUGGAAGAUCCAAAAAUAGACCUGACAAGCAUUGAGAAUACAGUAAGGUUAUUGUUGGAGCUUGAACCUGAAUCAGAUCCAGUAUGGCAUUAUUUAAAUGUACAGAAUCAUAGAAUUCGAGGGUUGCUUGAGAAGUGCACUUCAGAUCAUGAAGCACGGAUGGAAACAUUGCAUAAUGAGUUACGUGAAAAAGCCAUCUCUGACGCGAAGUGGCUUCAAAUUCAACAGAACUCUUCAGAUGCCAACUACACUUUUGGGAACUCCGAACUGCCUAUAGAAUUGCAAUCGUUGGCCUUGACUGGUGAAGAAGUUGAUGUUCUUAGAGGAAAAUAUAUCAAGCGGCUUACCACUGUACUUGUGCAGCACAUACCAGCUUUCUGGAAAGUGGCACUUUCUGUUUUUAGUGGGAAAUUUGCAAAGUCUUCUCAGGUUUCUGAUUCCUCGGGAAGUAAAAGCAAGGAAAAAGUUGGAGACGGGAGAUACUCAAGUCAUUCUCUUAAUGAAGUUGCAGGAAUGCUGCGUGGUACAAUAUCUGUAUAUAAAAUCAAGGUCCUCAAUGCAUUCCGUGAUCUUGAAGAAUCUAAUCUUCAGUCGUACAUGAGUGAUGCCAUAAAGGAAAUAUCUAAAAUUUGUCUUGCUUUUGAAGCAAAAGAAGCUGCUCCUCCUAUAGCUGUCAUGGCGCUCAGGACACUUCAAGCAGAGGUUACAAAGAUUUACAUACUAAGACUUUGUUCUUGGAUGCGAGCAACAACAGAGAGAAUAACUAAAGAAGAAACUUGGGUCCCAGUAUCUAAACUUGAAAGGAACAAAUCUCCUUACACCAUCUCUUAUUUACCUUUGGCUUUUCGUUCAGUUAUGACCUCAGCAGUAGAUCAGAUCAAUAUGAUGAUCCAGUCUCUGAGGAGCGAGGCUACAAAGUUCGAAGAUAUGUUUGCACAACUUCAAGAAAUUCAAGAAUCGGUUAAGAUUGCAUUUCUGAACUGUUUCCUGGAUUUUGCUGGCCAUCUAGAGCAUAUUGGCAUUGAGCUCGCCCAAAAUAAAUCAAGCAAAGAAAGUCUGCACUUGCAAAAUGGGUUUACCCAUGAAUCAGAGGAGGAAUUAUCAUCUGAUGUCCCAGGAAGUAUUGUUGAUCCACAUCAACGGUUGUUAAUAGUUUUAAGUAAUAUAGGAUACUGCAAAGAUGAGCUUUCUUCCGAGUUGUACAACAAAUACAAAUGCAUUUGGCUACAACCCAGGGAUAAAGAUGGAGGGGAAACAGACAUAAAAGACUUAGUGGUGUCUUUUUUGGGACUUGAAGAGAAGGUCCUUGAGCAGUAUACUUUUGCAAAGGCAACUUUGAUUAGGACAGCUGCCACGAACUAUUUGUUAGAUUCUGGUGUUCAGUGGGGAUCAACACCUGCAGUAAAAGGUGUGAGAGAUGCAGCUGUUGAGUUAUUACAUACUCUAGUAGCUGUACAUGCUGAGGUCUUUGCUGGUGCUAAGCCUCUCUUGGACAAGACACUUGGCAUUCUUGUGGAAGGUCUAAUUGAUACUUUAAUCAGCCUUUUCCAUGAGAACGAAAGUAAAGAUCUCGGUUCGCUUGAUACAAAUGGUUUCUGCCAGAUCAUGCUCGAGCUUGAAUAUUUUGAGACCAUUUUAAAUCCAUAUUUCACAAGUGAUGCUAGGGAAUCUAUGAAGUCUUUACAAGGUGUGCUGUUGGAGAAAGCCACUGAAAGCCUCUCUGAGGUUGAAAAUCCAAUGCACAACCGGAGGCCGACUCGUGGAAGUGAAGAUGCUGUUCCAGAUGAGAAACUGCAAGGGGCAUCUUUAUCUCCAGAUGACCUGAUUGCUCUUGCGCAGCAAUAUAGCUCCGAAUUGCUGCAAGCAGAGCUCGAGAGGACUCGCAUCAACACAUCAUGCUUCGUGGAGUCACUUCCAGUGGAAUCUGCUCCCGAUCCGGUUAAAGCUGCAUAUGCCUCUUUUAGACCUCCAGUGGACCCUCCCAAUAAAAAUGUUCGUGGCACACAGGCAACAGGAUCCCCGAAUCUCAAUCAACGUCGGUGCAGAUUAUUCGCCACCCGGUAGCCAUAUUCUUUUUAAAAUAUAAAAGUUUUCUUCAGUUUCAGUUUCAUUUGCAUUGUGUUUCACUUGUUGAUGAUACAUAUGAUUUCGGAAGACCUGCAUUCUUUUGUCGCAAGUCACCAUGGGAUCAUGCAUGAGCUUCGAUUGCCUUGAUAGGUGAGUUAAAUCUUUACCUUGUAUUAUUUUCCAUGUAUUAUUUUCAAAGUGCACGCAUAACUUUUGGAAAUUUUGGCUCUACUUUUUUCUUUUU